AUAUAUAAUGCUAACCCUGACCUCAUUGACAUGAACAUGUCCAAAGGGAUCCCACCACAAAGGCUAGGGCAUUCUGAGAUGCCCAUGAGCUUUCUGUCCUCAGUCCAUUGAAUAUGCAUGCAUUUGUUCCAUUCAAUCCUGCUAGUGUCAAUGUGACAAAACAUACAUGAUGGUUUAAACCUUGUGGAUUCUGGCCCUUCAGUUAAUAACUUUAUGAUCCAUUACUGAACCAACUACAUCUACUACUAUAUCAUUCUUAAGAUGUCACUGGUCACACCACCAUUAGAAAGACAACACCCGAGAAGAUCUAAAUUGACAUGUACACAUGAAUUGAGCUUUGAGUGCAGAGUAUCCUGAAAAUGAAUUGCUUAUCGUCAUCAUUUACAACCCUAAUUUGUCAUUUUCAGCCAACAGCUGUUACUCAGAUCAAUAUGUACUUGUGCAAAGCUGCCCAUGUGCCACUAAACAAAGAAACAACCAAAGUUUGUGCACACACACACACACACAUAGUCAAGGACAAAGGCUCAGGCUGUCAAUAAGUUAUGCAUUGGUGUAAGGCAGAGAUGUCAAUACAUUGGGCACAGCUGCUUGGUAAACAAGGAUCUUAACUUAAGGAAAUGAUAGGGCUACACAGUUCAGAAUGAUUCUGUCAAUAGUGGGUGAAUCACGGCUGGUGUUGUGGUGGAUGUGGAAAAAGCGACCCAUUAGUGAGCCUGCUGUGUGUGGCAUUAACAUCCUUUUUAUUAAAAGGUUGCAGUUGUUUGCAGGGGAACUGUUCUGCUCUGCUGAUUUUGUAGAUUAAUGGGAUGUGGCCACUUUUUUUUCUUGAGCUACAUUUGUAUUUCACUACAUUUUUUAGAAUUAUUAUUUUAUUUUUUUAAUGCAUUUUCAUUUCUAUCAUUUUUGUACAGCCAGUGUCCCAGCAGAGAGCCAGCCUGCAGUCUUCGGUGAUGUGUGUGUGCAUGUGUGUGUCUGUGUAUGUGUGUUUGUGAGUGUGUAUGUGUGUGUGUGGCCUGCAGUUCGGGUCUGCAAUCAUGACUCUUCAGGGCCUACUUCAUGCGAGUAAUGUUAAUGUUCUUGCCUGCAGCUGCUUUUGACCUGGGAGGACGUGGGAUUGAAACUUCCUGUACGAACCAGGCCUUUAGAAUGGACGCGGGAGGCUGGAGGGUGAAUGAAAAUUGGAAAUGUGGCCUUUGAAGGUGUCUACAAUGCACAGGAAACGGCAUCAUGAGAUACUGUACCUUUGCACGACUACACUAACCUGGUGAUGAAAGGUGCGGCUUGUCAUUGGAUGGGACUGAAAGUCAGUGUGAAAGCUGUGGUUUGUUGUUGAACACAAAAUUACCUAAAAUAAACAAGGUGGGUUUGUGUUUUCCUGGAAAGGGAAAGCAGGUAGAGACGUGCUGAAGCCCAAGGAAUAUAUUGCAGGUCUGAGGCGUUGGUCUAGGUGAGUAGACAAAACAAAUGUUUUUGGCCUGAUGCAGUUUCGUUGCAAGAGCCUACAAACCAGGGAAAUAUAAUAGUUGAAAUAUAUUAUUCAAUUUUUAUCCUUAUUUGCAAAUUAAUUCAUGUCAUCUCUACAUGUCCCUUUUCUUUAAGAAUUAAACUUUUGCAGCAUGAAAGAGUAACUGGACAAUGUGUGUUUGUUGACGCUACUUCUACCUCCCCUCUGUUUCCUUAACCUCUACUAGCGAGACGGCAAUUUCCUCACUGGUUUACAUUUGUGUACAUUUUCUCUGGUUUCCCCUUAAAACGUAUUGUCUUUUCUGUGUCUGUUCUGCUGUUCUGCCAGGCCUGUUAUAGAAUCUCCGUUAUGUCAUCACCCCCUGUCUGUCUCGGACCUUUGGCCUUUUCUUGUCGGUUUAAUUUUAGUUCCGCUGACCUCUACAAUGCCCCUCCAGUCCUGUGCUGUUUAACAAUAGUGUACAAUAAGUCUGUUUUUUUUUUUUGUGAUCCUUCGUUCCACGCCUCUCACGUUUUUAUAUUUUUCAUCUUUCAUCCAGUGUCCAAAAUUUAUUGAGACAAAUGACCACACGUAUUAUUUUUGCAACCACUGUUUAUGUGUCUCUGUUAAUCUUGAAGUGAAAAGUGAAUGGGGAUCAUAGGCUACUGCCCAUGCUGUGAUAAUUCACAGGUUCUCGGAAAUCCUCUACCGCGCAACGCAGAGGACACACAUUGUUUUAUUAAUAUUCACCCCAUCUGUAGUAUUUCAUAAUCUGCUUCAUAGACGCAGGGAAAUGAGACGGUAAUCACGUAUCCGGAUUAAAACGUAACAGAAAAUGGAAAUUAUAUCACACAGUGCACAGCAUUUUAAAUGUUGAAACAAAACAAUUAAAUUAAAUUGCCAACAGUACUGUAGAGGAAUAUGUUAGAAAACCUUUGCAAAUUAACUGUUGUUACCAUGCCAUGAUUGAUGAAAGUGAUCUAGCAUAUAUGGCUAAUAAUAGUCUACACGUAGGCCUAUAGUUCAUACGGCGAAUAACGAUCAUUGAAAUCAUUCUGUGAAGCCAUGGUUGAAGACAACCUAAUAAGGCAGAUAAACUGACAGUGUCGCAAUUGCCAGGUUGUGACACCUCUAGGCAAGGCGCAAAGGGCUAUAGCUUGUUGUGGUCAUCUCCUUAUCGGAAGCAGAAAAUCAUGACUGCCAUUAGUGACCAGAGUGACCACAACCAUCAUAGGCCGACUGGUUCAUAAUGCCAUUUCCUGUUUGCUAGCUCUCUCGCUCUCUCCUGUUUUAUGUUCCUACGCGCUACUUAAGUUAUCACUAAUUCAGUCAUUUUUUUUAUUUUAUCAGCUGGUGGGAUGAGACACAGGCUACAUGUUGAGGAUCAAACAAUCUAAUUAAAUUCACAAUUUUUUACAGUCAAAUAGCUCGCUUAAAAUGGAAAUGAAGCCUUGCGCGCACACUCGCGUAUGCCCAAUUAUCCCAUAACAUUAUCCAACAACAAGACACUACAUCUAAUGAUUGACUGUAUAAUAAACAUAAUGGCUUAAGGCGGCAUUGAACUCCGUGUCAGAUGUGUGCAUACAAAAAUACAGUGGAGAGAGAACGAUUGGUCUUAUUUAUUAAUUUGUUGUUUUUAAUGAAUAUUUCAUUCUUGAACCAAUGAGAGCAUCCCAGGGAGGGGCGUGGGCGGAGAAAGUAAGCGAGAGAAGUUGAGACGGGGAGAAGGUAGAGUGAGAGAUGAGUGACUGAACGACAGCUGAACUGCUACCUUUAAAGUAUGUCAUCCUUUUUAUAUUUUUACCAUAAAUAGCUGUAUUUUUUCUAGUUUUUUAUUUUCGUAUAAUCCGAAAUAAAAUUAGUUUAUAUGCCUGUAAUUUAAAAAAGCAUCCACGUUCAAAUAUUAAUUUAAUAAAAUAAUACAAUUAACAAUUUAAUCGAAAUUCUUAGGCUUGGGGGGCGUCGGAACCAUGAUCGGAAUUCUCCAAAUGAAGCUGGAAUAAAAAAUAUCAAAAAUAGGCACUGAUUACCAAACGGACAACAUCAUUGAGAGAGGACAAGGAGGACCGGAGGAUUAUUUCAAACUGACAAACAUUUAAAACGGAGUCUGUCGACGAAGGAAAUAAGAGACGUGGAAUAGUGGAAUGGUCGUGACAACAUGAAAAAGAAAAGGUGUGGAGCAAUAUUUUCGCACAGCGUUUGAUUCAGCUGGGAGAAACGGAGAGAGGAGAGGUAGGACAGAGUGAAACAGAUAAGGGUGUUGGAUGGAGAAAGCCGUAAAGGAGAGGUGCCGGGGGCAAGUGCAGGAGGAGCAGUGGGCGAAAAAGGCUGAAACAAAGUGAGAAGAUGCUAGAAAUGAAAGCGGAGACAGACUGUAGACGUAAAUACACGAACAGAUGGAAAGCAAAGCAUUCAAUUUCGUAUGUUACGCUUUGAAACAACGUUUUUUAAAAACCAUUCACAUUGCUAUUCAAUCGUAUAUUGUUAUAUUUUGCUGGUUAGAUAGACUUAGAUUCCAGACAUGGAUCUGAAUAUUAUGUAAGUAAAAUAAGUGAAUACCAGCUUUGAAUUAAGAGGCAAAGAGGGAGUGUUGGAGGCAAGAGAUAAAGAGGAAGAGGCAGAUAAAGAGUGAUGUUUAGGGGAAGAAGAUUAACUGAAAUUUUCUGGGGCAAAAAAUAUGAAUUCCAAAUCUGACCACUUUUCUUCUGGAACUACAUAGAUCCCCUAUCCCCCUCCCCCUUCCCUCUCGCAUCCAACCAACUCCUUCUUCCCCUUCCCUUCAUCCCUUCCCCUCAUCUGUCCUCAACUGUUUUCAUCACCCCAUCUUGUGCUUCUUUUCUCCAUCCUUUUACAUUGCUUUCCCUCACAGAUAAACCCUCAACAUCUCCCUCUGUCUCCCCCCUCUGUCUUUCUUUAUUCCUCCCGCCUCUUCCUCACUCCCAAACCUUGAGAAUCGCGCAACGUCUAAUCCCAGCUGGUCCACCCAACAAUGGAACCUCCACCUUCCCUGAGCUUGGCCCUACUGGCUGAGGGUGAGGAAGAAGAGCAGCAUCCCCCCCUUCCGUUGAGUGGUCUCCCGCAUCCGGCUGCUUCUGGAACCUACCCCGGAACGAACCACUCCAACCACAUGGGGGGCGCCAGCCUAGAUCGGAUCAAUGGCACACCAUCCCCGACCACCCCUAGCGCUCCCCCGGCAGGCCUUGCUAAGCUCCCCCUGGCUUCCGCCCAACAGCUUCCCCCAGCCGUCCCCAACGCCCUGCACCCCGCCAGCACGCCCCUGUCCUCCUGCCUGGGCAGCCAGCACAGCCUGAGCGGGGAGAACUCACCCGUUUAUAACGCUGUCUUCUACUCUUCGCACUCGCCCUCCACCGAGAGGGAGAGAGAGAGGGAACGGGCAUGCAAGCACCGGCAGGCCAGCCCUCUGGUGCACCGGCGGGACAGCAACCCCUUCACCGAAAUCGCCAUGAGCUCCUGCAAGUACAGUGGAGGGGUGAUGAAGCCCCUGAGCCGACUGAGCGCGUCCAGGAGGAACCUCAUCGAGUCGGACAGUGGGAGCGAGACCAAAGAGGGAGGGGCCCCGGGGCGGGACCGAGAGAAGGAGGGAGGGGCAGCACCACCGCAGCAGGGCCAGACCCAGAACCCCCCCGAGAUCGUCAUCUCCUCCAAAGAGGACUCGUCUUACAGUUACGACUUGGACACCACCUCCAACCAGAUGUCCAUCUACCAUCAGAACCACAACCUGUCGGAGAGCCGGGGGGCGGUGGGAGGCUCUGCAGGGGCGGGCAGCACCGCUAACAGCCGGGGGGGUGGGAGUAGUACCGGGGGCACCAGCACUUCCAAGGCCCCGAAAAGGAAGAACCAGAACAUCGGGUACAAGCUGGGCCACCGGAGAGCGCUGUUUGAGAAAAGGAAGAGGCUGAGCGACUACGCGCUCAUCUUCGGCAUGUUCGGCAUCGUGGUCAUGGUCAUCGAGACCGAACUCUCUUGGGGCGUGUACAGCAAGAGCUCCAUGUACUCGCUGGCUCUGAAGUGUCUUAUCAGCCUGUCCACAGUCAUCCUGCUGGGGCUCAUCAUCGCCUACCACGCCCGCGAGGUGCAGCUGUUCGUUAUCGACAACGGGGCGGACGACUGGCGCAUCGCCAUGACGCUGGAGCGGGUGCUCCUGAUCGCGCUGGAGCUGCUGGUGUCGGCGGUGCACCCGGUGCCCGGCGACUUCCGGUUCCACUGGCGGGCGCGGCUGGCCUUCUCGUACGCGCCCUCGCUGGCGGAGGCCGACCUGGACAUGGUGCUGUCGGUGCCCAUGUUCCUGCGGCUCUACCUCAUCGCCCGCGUCAUGCUCCUGCACAGCAAGCUCUUCACCGACGCCUCGUCCCGCAGCAUCGGGGCGCUGAACAAGGUGCACUUCAACACACGCUUUGUGAUGAAGACCCUGAUGACCAUCUGCCCCGGCACUGUGCUGCUGGUCUUCAGCAUCUCUCUGUGGAUCAUCGCUGCCUGGACCGUGCGCGUCUGUGAGAGGUACCACGACGCGCAGGACGUGACCAGCAACUUCCUGAGCGCCAUGUGGCUCAUCUCCAUCACCUUCCUGUCCAUUGGCUACGGAGACAUGGUGCCCCACACCUACUGCGGCAAGGGCGUCUGCCUGAUCACCGGCAUCAUGGGGGCCGGCUGCACGGCGUUGGUGGUGGCCGUGGUGGCGCGGAAGCUGGAGUUGACCAAGGCGGAGAAGCACGUCCACAACUUCAUGAUGGACACCCAGCUCACAAAGAGGAUAAAGAACUCCGCGGCCAACGUGCUGAGGGAGACCUGGCUGAUCUACAAGCACACCAAACUGGCGAAGAAGAUCGACCACUCCAGAGUGCGCAAACACCAGCGCAAGUUCCUGCAGGCCAUUCACCAACUGCGCAGUGUGAAGAUGGAGCAGAGGAAGCUGAGUGAUCAGGCUAACACCCUGGUGGAUCUCUCAAAAAUGCAGAGCGUGAUGUACGAGCUGAUGUCGGAGCUGAACGACCGCGGCGAGGACCUGGAGCGGCAGAUGCUGAGCCUGGAGCAGCGGGUGGAGCAGCUGACGGCGGGGUUCAGCGCCCUCCCCGCCCACCUGUCGGCCACGCUCACCGCCCAGCACACCGCCCUGCUGCACCUGCUCCGCGACCGGGACGGCAAGGGCGCGGUCGAGCGGGCCGCCGGGCCCGAGGCCGAGGGCAGCCCCAACACCAGCUCCUCCAGCUGCUGAGGGGCAGCCCAACACCAGCUCCUCCAGCUGCUGGGGGGCAGCCCAACACCAGCUCCUCCAGCUGCUGAGGGGCAGCCCAACACCAGCUCCUCCAGCUGCUGAGGGGCGGGCCCAACACCAGCUCCUCCAGCUGCUGAGGGGCAGCCCAACACCAGCUCCUCCAGCUGCUGAGGGGCAGCCCAACACCAGCUCCUCCAGCUGCUGAGGGGCAGCCCAACACCAGCUCCUCCAGCUGCUGAGGGGCAGCCCAACACCAGCUCCUCCAGCUGCUGAGAGGCAGGCCCAGGGAGAGGGCGGAGCCAAGGAAACCGGGGGCACACAGAUGGAGGCGGAGAUAUGUUUUUUUGGGGGGGGCGUGGCUUGGAAAGGGGUUAUGAGGGCUGGGGGUUGGUAGUGUUCACUAAGAGCAACGCCCUCAGACUUACUGAACAGCCUACCUACUGAUUAAACAGGGAGAAAAGAUGAGUAGGGUACUGGGCCUGGGUGGGGGGGGGGGUGGACAGCAGAGGGGGGUCUGCUCGGUAUGAAACACAGACGGGAAUGAAAGUGGGACAAAGGAUAGAAGCUCAAUAACAGUUUGAAAGCGAGGCAGACAAGAAGCGAUAAGGAAAAUAAUUACCUGAAUGCUGAAUGUUUUAAUGAAGACUGGACUAUCUCAAGGAAGAUGUCUCUGCCCCCCCCCCCAGAUCCCCCACCCCCUUCCCCCGAACCACCACCUCCCAUUUGCCCAUCAGGAAUGAAUAACAACGGCUUUUUAAUCUCACAAUGUUUUUUCUAUGGUCUUGCUACUGCUAAAGAACAGCCCUUUAACAGGAAUUUCAGUAAAUAGGUUUAUACAGCCUAGUGGGUUUUGCACUGGAUUCAGAAAUACACUAAACAACAUGAAACACGUCAGCUCCACAUUUGUCUCUCAGACAAUGACGCUAUUUAUUUGCACAACGCAAACCUACACAAAGCCCAUGAUAUCUAUUACUGUUCACCGCGUUCCCGGAUAACUCCCAAGACAAAAUAUUACAUAAUACAAAAACAAACCAUUCACAUAAAACGAAAGCACACGCCAAUAAAGUCUUCAACAGCCAUACUGCCGGCUCUCUGUACCUGAAGAACCGAUGCACGCUCACUGUUUACUGUACGCGAAUGUACAAAUCUCGCUCUCUCCGUCUCCCGCACAGACCCACACGCACAUGCAUUUCCUCUAAAUCUUUGCUACCAAAGUGCUCUCUCUCUCUCUCUGUGACUAAAAUGAUUCCUCUACUAAAGCCAGAGAAACAACACAGAGAGGGAGGGAAGGAGUGAUUGAGAUUUUGUGUCCUUUUGCAGUUCACUGAAGAUCUCUCGGGAGAAAUGAAUAGAAUAUUAAAAUAAAGACAAUACGGACCGCGCCUUUUUUACAGCCGGCUGGACUGUAGAUUGUGUUGAGACGGACGACCAAAUGAAGGACCCUAAUCAAUGGAAGAAAAUGAAAAGCUACAAAACGGAGACUUCAGAGAAUCACAGAUAUAAACUGGCUCGGGAACUGUAAAAGAAGAAUAUCAGGAAAAACAUGAAAUAACUGACAAGGAAUAUUAUGUUGUUAUAGAAUAUUUAAAAGACUAUUUUUCUUCUGACCCCAAUCUAUGAAGAUUACAAAAAAUAAAAAUAAAUAAAAAACUUAGUCUUAUAGCGACUCCCUGUGGCCGAAAAACUGAAUUACACCUGCUUGAAAUAUUGUACAAUAUACAGUUACUGAAACUUAGCUUUGUAUUGCUCAGUUUUUUACCAUUCAAAUAUUAAUAAAGCAGUUAUAGGUGAUAUUUAUGAUUAUUCAAUAGUAUUCUCCUUCGUAAUGAAAAUUAUUAUAAAUGUAUGAAAAACUUUAAUAAUACUUAAAUACAUAUUAUGAAAAUUAUGGAUAGGAGACUGGUGCCAUUUAAGGUUGAAAUUAUUUUGUAAUUUUAUUUUACCAGAGAGAAUUAAUAAAGUAUAUAUCUAUAUUA